ACCGUGGAUCGUGACAUAGAUUUGACGAGAGAAGAAAGUUCUCUUUCUCUGCUGUAUUUAAAGCUAUUUUGCCCGAGUGCACUGUUACAUUGUUUGUGGAUUGGAGCAUCCUGGAGACAGACGGAUCUCCUAUGCGUGCGACUGUCCUGGGUUUUUUUUCAUGAGGACCGCAGAUUCAUUUUAGAUGUGCGUUCCUGAUCACGUUCAUCAUGUCGGUGUACGACCAGGUGUUGGCGGUUAUGUUCGUGGACGUCAUCGACCGGUUCCAGAUCUCCGGUACCGUGGCCUCUGUCGCCUUCACCAUCCACGCCGUUACACAGAGCCUGGGCUAGGUACCAGCAUCGGCUGUAUGUGGAUCCCGGCCGUGAGCAUGAUCGGCUUCUACUUCCGGCGCCGUCGCUCUGUGGCCACGGCUUUGUGCAACACGGGCAUCGGCGUGGCUCUCUUGUCCAUGCCACCUCUUGUCCGACUUCUGCUGGACACCUUCGGCUUCCUCUCUACCCUCCUGCUCAUCUCAACGUUGGAGAUGCACGGGAUUGCUGUGGCCAUGCUGAUGAGGCCGGUGUCUUGCUACAUUCGGCGAGCCCGCCUCUCAGAGGGGGAUUACGACUACGCCAGUGUCAAGGGCAGUAGCAUCUCCACGGCGCCCGCGGGAUAUGACGAUCUGCAGAAGGUGCCUUUUGUCGAGGGUGGAGCCGAGGAGGACAGUGUUGAUCGGGCAGUGGUGAAUGGAAAGACAGUCGCUCUUGCAGAACGAGUGUUUGAUGAUGUCCAUGAUGAUGACGAUGAUGACGACCACCGUGAACUGCGUCGUGAGGAUGAUGAUUCCAAUCGACCGUUGACUGAAAGUACUGACGUCGGUACUGACGCCAGAAGUGGUUCUGUGCUUGGAACGAGGUCAGAGUUCAUAGACAAGGUCACCAGUGCUGCGGCCACAAAUGACACUUCUUCCAUAACGGAAGCAAAAUGUGGACCUCGCGGCGGUCUAGAGUUGGGGCCUUCUCCUGGCGAAAAUAACACAGAUAGAAAUCUGAACUCAUCUUUAAAAUCAAACCAUGUUUCUGACAACUUCUCAGGGUCAUUGUCGUACAGUUGCGACGGUUGUGGAAAUGAGGACAGCACAGCCAACGAAUUUACUCAGCUACAGGAAAACGAAGCCGUUCAGAAAAAAAAUAACAACGGCUUUCUGAGCUCGCUCAGUCGAGUCUUCAAAGAUUCAGCUUGCCGAAGAAAACUUGUUCAAGCCACUUCCUUAUUCGAUAUGCGUCUGUUUUCUGAUUGGCUCUUUCGUCUCCUGGUCACUUCGACUGCUGCAGGCGUCCUGGUCCUGUACAUUCCAGCCUACAUCCCUACCCUAGCGGUCAACAGAAACGUGGACAAGCCUUCCGCGGCGAUGCUGCUCACCAUCUGUGGAGGAGUGAAUCUAGUUAGCCUUCUCUUGCAAGGUUUCAUCGUGGACAGCAAACUUAUCACAGCUUUAAAUUUCAUUGGCAUUUCUCAA